AUGGGGAAUAGACGGCAAGAAUUCGUCAUAAUUGACGAAGCUGACACGGCAAUGGUGGACGAUGUCUUUAAACUGGCACGAUUAUCGAUGCAAGUUCCCGGGUUUGACUUGCUUCAUAUCAUAUUUCAAGUUUUGUUCGACCGAGCGAAGAAAAUUAGGGGGAGACUCGUCCAACGUAACGGGUCUUACUAUUAUGUUGAUCACGACCUAGUGAGGAAUAAGGCGGGUGAAAUUUGUUUCGCAAGGUUGGGGCAAGAUGGGAUUCCUAAAUUAAUUCCUCUCCAUUCCUGCAAGGAUUCAUACUUCGCGGACUUCAAACUCCUCACGGAAGACCCAAACGCGUUUGUGGAAACCCACCUCAAAUCAUUUCUCACCGCGACUUUCUCCCCCGAAAUAAUCGAGGGAUUUGAAGACAUUGAAAAAAUCCGGAUUCCCCUCCACCUGCAAAAAUAUGUUACCCUCCAAAUACCAAAAUGGGUGGAGAGUGUCUCAGUUGCGGAAAACUAUAUGGAGAAAGUCCACUAUUUGGUGCAUAAUGGUCAAAUCAAACCCAUUGAUUACUGGAGUACUGGAAUAAUACAGGACUCAACCGCCUGGAAUAAUGGGUUGCAUCAAUUACUUCAGAGAAAGCAUGGCCUCCACUUAACCGCAGAGCCGCUCACUACCAACUUCUUGUCAAACUUGUCACUAAUUAGGAGAUAUUGGAACAAUGAUGAGCGUAACAUUAUCGGAUUUAGCGGGACUUUAGGGACGCGUCAUACAAGAGAAAUUUUGGGGGAAAUUUUCAACACGGUUUGCAUAGAUCUGCCGGAAAUCCACUACAAGAAAUUUAUCCUAUACGACGACAUAAUAACGACCUCAAGGGAAAGGUGGGCUUCGGAAAUUAUUUUUACACUUCACGCCCAAAUUCACCGAGGGAAAGGAACCCUCAUAAUAUGCGGCACCAUGAGGGACGCCCUUUUCCUCCGUGACAGAAUACUGGCCUCCAAACUACCUCAUAACGGGGUUAAAUUGUACAUUCAAAACGACGAGGAUCAAGAAAAGCAGAUAUCGCACAUUUCCCAGCGACAGAUCUUUAACGCGACUAACUUGGCUUGUCGUGGGACAGAUAUUGUGGUGCAUGUUGGGAUGGAGGAGGAUGGCGGACUCCACGUAAUUCUUGCUUAUCUGCCCGAUAGUGACCGCGUUGAGCAGCAGGCAUUUGGGCGUACCGCCCGACAAGGGAAUAGUGGUUCGGGGCAGUUGAUUUGCCACGUAAUUAAUAAAUCUUCACGUAAUCUUCGUCAAUCACGAGAUGAACUUGAGCUCUCAAACAUGCAAGACUCUGUAAACAAUUACUUCUCCAACUUGGCCAAUAAGGAGGAAUGCUUCAUCAAAUUUUGCAAUUUUCUAGAAAAAGUUAGACGACAAUUUUGCAAAGAGAAAAAUUUCGUGACAAAAAUAUUUUCCAACAAGUAUUCGCACGAAGAUCUCACAAUAAUUCAGGCACUGGAAGAACGCUGGGGUAGAUUUUUGUUGGAAGUGGAUACCUUAAAGAAGGAAGUUGUGAAGGAAAAAUACCAGCAAAUUUGA